AUUAGUGCUUGUUUAUUGCGUUCGCCGUGAACAACAAGGCAUCGGUUUAAUUUUAAUUUUUUUUAAUUGUGACCAUUGCGACAAUGACGACCUCGCCAACAGCCAAUCGCACUGAGGCGCUCAGCGAUCUUGCCGUUGACAACUUCAGAGAGUAUCUGCGCAUUCCAAGUGUUCACCCUGAUGUUGAUUACGUGCCUUGUGUUACAUUUUUGCAAAAACAAGCAACUUCGCUUGGUUUACCCUUGAAGACGUAUUACCCAGCCAAACCGAACAAGCCAGUUGUUGUUAUAACAUGGCAGGGCACCGAUCCAUCCCUCACUUCGGUGUUGCUGAAUUCCCACAUGGAUGUGGUGCCCGUUUUCGAAGAAGAAUGGACACAUAAACCGUUUGCUGCCGAUAUGGACGCCGAUGGCAAGAUUUUCGCUCGUGGUGCACAGGAUAUGAAAUGUGUGGGUAUUCAAUACCUCGAGGCUAUUCGUGUCCUGAAAACAAACGCGUGGAAACCCAAGCGCACUUUGCAUCUUUGUUUCGUGCCCGAUGAGGAAAUCGGUGGCGAAGAUGGCAUGAAAACGUUUGUUACCACUGCGGAUUUUAAAAACUUGAAUAUUGGGUUUUCUUUGGAUGAAGGUAUUGCCAGUCCUGAUGAGACGUUCAGUUUGUAUUAUGGCGAAAGAGCUAUAUGGCAUUUGGAGUUUCAUUGCAACGGGCAAGCUGGUCAUGGUUCUUUGCUGCACGAAAAUACUGCCGGUGAGAAAAUGCGGGUGAUUUUGGAUAAAUUGUUUGACAUGCGCGAGGAACAAAAGAAAAUUUUGGAAAACAACCCAGAAAUGACGAUUGGUGACGUCCUCACUUUGAAUUUAUGCAUUCUUCAGGGUGGAAAACAAAGCAAUGUUGUCCCACCAGAAUUCUGGUGCUCAAUGGAUUGCCGCAUUCCAGUCACCAUGAACACCAAGGACUUGUAUAAAACUUUUGAGUCGUGGUGCGCAGCCGCCGGCAAAGACGUAACAAUUGUAAAGGAACAAUUCGAAGAAAUUAUCAAACCCACUGAGCUGAAUGAUAAAAAUGCGUAUUGGGUUGCCAUGAAGCAAGCCACAGACGCUUUGGGAUUAAAAAUCAAGCCGAUGAUUUUCCCUGGAGGUACAGACAGUCGCUACCUGCGAGAACUCAACAUUCCUGCGCUCGGUUUUUCGCCGAUGAACAACACGCCGGUGUUGCUGCACGACAACGACGAGUACUUGGAAAAGCACGUUUUCCUACGCGGCAUUGAUAUCUACUGCAGAAUUAUUCCUGCCCUGGCUAAUGUUUAAGGAUUUAAUCAUUUAAAACACAAAAUAUGUCUCAAAUCAUUUGUUUUUUACUCAAUUUUCAUGUUAUGGUUCAGGUGGUUCUGAUUAAAAAUAAGUAACUUUUAAA